AUGUUUCGUAAUUUAUAUAACAAUUUCUCAUGGGUUUUGAUAUUAUACAUUAUUUUAAAUUCUUAUGUCAUUUGGAGUAAAAGUAUUAAAAUAGUUGAAAAGGACAUUGGAAAACGUGUAACAAAGAGGCAAGUAGAAUGUUUACAAAGAUGUCAAAGAAUAUUUGAAAGAAUGCUUCAGAAAGAGGGCACAAAUAUUGAGGGUCUGAAUGAUUUAUUAUUAAUUUCUGAUACAUUUGAAAAUGUUACAAAUAAUAGAAAUAUAUGUUGGGAAAGUAUGGAUUUGACUGAUUGUCUUAAACAUUGUUCUGGAAUUGGUGGAAGUGCCAGUGUUAAUUGGUUAGAUUUUGUUAUCAAUCCUAGUACUGGAAUUUCUACAUUAGCUAUUCCAAAGUAUAUUGUUAAACAACUUCCAUGGUUUAAACCACUAAUAAAAAGAUGUCUCCCAUAUGUAGAACCACAAAAAAGUAAUUUUUUAUGUAUUUCAAAGUUUAGAAGUUUCAUGGGAAUUAAAUGUUCAGCAUAUAAAAAAGAAGCAGAAAUACAAUAUAAAAACAUAAAAACUCAAAAAGAAUAUGUUGAAACUUGCCGUUUUUUACAUUAUCAUCAUAAUUGCCUUUCAAAGACUGUAUUAGAUUAUUGUCCAAAUGCCAAAAGAUUAUUUAAUAGUCAAACUAUAAGAAAAUAUUUUCUAUCACAUAUUUUACCAGAAAAUGACCUUAGAUUUGAUGAUGAUUUUUUGGAUCAAUGUAAAUUAAAACAAAAAUCUUUUGAAAAAGUUAAAUUUGAUAAUGAAGAAAAAAAUGAAGGUGUCUUAGAGAUAACAACUUUAAAUCCAAAUAUUAAUAAAAUAUCAACAAAACGAUCUACAGGAAUUUUCUUGUCAACAGAAAGUUUAGAAGAUAUUCCUCCAAAUUUUAUUGGAGAUAGUUAUGGAAGGUAUUCUGUUGUUCCACAGAUAACUACACCAACCUUCAAUAAAUAUACAACCAAACCUUCUUCAACAGAAGAAUUUGUUGGAAGUUUUACAGAUGACCAAAUGGUUAAACCAAUUCUUUACGAAAUAGAUUCUGGAUCAAUUGUUAAUAACAUUAAAGAAGAACAAAAUAAAUCUUCUGAAGUGUUAAUUAAAAACAAAAUGGAUGAUGAUAUUUUUCCACAGGAUAGACCAAUUCUUGAUGGUAAAGUAUAUAUUAAAAAAAUUCGCCAUUUUGGAGAGUCUAAAAAAGAUCCAGAUUUUGAUAUGCAAGAUACAGAAGUUAAAAAUAUAACUUUUGAAGAUAUUAAAAAACAUAAUAUAAUAAGUGAUGAAAAUCGUUUUACUUCAUAUGAUUACAUUCCACAUAAUAAUAUUUAUAAAAAAAAUGAAAAUGUUGAAUUUGAGGAGCCAAUAAUAAGUGAUCCUGAAAGUUUUGCUCUUCUUGUAUUGAACUAUGAUGAUAAGAAAACUGUUGGAAAGAUAAGAUAUUAUAGAGAAGAAAUCAAAAAUCAACUUAUUGAAAUUGAAAAAUAUAAAAAUGAAUUGGAAGAGUUAAAAGAAACAUUAGAACAAAUUAAAUAUAGAGAAAAAAGACUUGACCAUCAACUAGAAGUUGUAACAAAAAAAUCCAUCAAUAUGGAUAAAAAGAUAAGAUUUUUUAAAAAACAAAUAUUCAAUCUAAUGUCUAUUAAUAUUAUGUCUACAAAAGAUACAGGAUAUUUAUUACAUGAAUUAAUAGAUUUAAGUAAAGAACUUCUUGAAAUUUUAAAAGUAACAAUUCAUACAGAUCAAGUAUGUGUGCAAAUAGCUGUUGAUGAGAAAAAAGAAUAUGAAAAAGAACUGAAACAACUUUUAAAUAAACGAAGAGAAUAUCAAAAAGAAUUGAAAGAAUUAAAGAAUGAAAUUAAUACAAAGAUAACAAGAGAAGAAGUUUUAAUGUAUAAUAAAGAAGAGAUGAUUCAACUUGAUAUGGAAAUAUGGAAAGUUUGUGAUGAAAGGGACAAUUUAUGA